AUGGCAUUAGAACGCGACUUUACCGAGGCCGACUUGAACUUGCUAAACAUUUGUGAAUUGGAUGUAGCGAAUAUCACUAAUGCCAAUGUUGACCAAAAAAAGGACGUCAAAGUCAACCAAAUUGGUAAAGGCAUCGCGAUUCAGAGUACGAUUGAUACUGUCCACAAUGUUUACGAUAUCGUCGAUAACGGAGACAACAGCUAUGGAUACAACACUCAUAUAGACAUGUCGAAAAGUCAAGUAGAAGAAUUAAUUCAGUCAAUUGAACGUAAUACGAGUACUGUAAACAUCAAAAACGAACAAGCAACCUCAGAAGCAACAACUGCUGCGGAAGAUAUAAAAUUAUGUGUAAACGAAACAAAAUUACCAGAAGAUGCGGAAGUAAAAAUAGAAACCGAAGCAAGUGACUCUCUAUUAUUAAGACUCGGCGGGUUGGCAUCAAAUAAAGCUGGUCUGGAACAGGUUGAUAAAAGCAAGGUCAAUAGAGUUAUUUACGAGGCUUCAAAGAACUCGGCUUACUUCAAGAAUGAAGAGAAAAGGGAUACUGAACUUACUGAAAAGGUGAACAAAUUAAAGCAGCAUUAUGCCGAAUUAUUACAGCAAGACUUGUCAUACGACAGAGCCUAUGUUAACACUAUGGUUGAAGCUUUGGAACAAAAAAGGGAUUUGUCGCGUUACAUUGUGCUUAUUGACAUGGACGCAUUUUAUGCUUCUGUUGAAGAACGUGAUAAUCCCUCAGUUAAAGGAAAACCAAUGGCAGUUGGCAGUACACAAAUGCUAACAACUGCCAAUUAUGAAGCUCGAAAGUAUGGUGUCCGUAGUGCAAUGCCUGGAUUUAUUGCAUUAAGGCUAUGCCCCAAACUUACAAUCAUUCCACCAUGCUUUGACAAAUAUACUGCCGUGUCAAAACAAACACAAGGCAUGUUUAUCUAUCACUUUAAAUUAUAUACUACAAUGAGUUUGGAUGAGGCAUUCCUUGACAUUACUGACUAUUGUCAUGAGAAUAACAAGUCUCCUGAAGAUGUGGUGCAAGAAUUGCGUGCAGAGAUUUUAAAAGUUACAAAGCUAACAGCAAGUGCUGGAAUUGCUCCAAAUAGGAUGUUAGCAAAGGUAUGUGCUGACAUUAACAAACCAAACGGACAGUAUAGGUUGCCAAAUGAUCGUCAAGCAAUAAUCGAAUUUCUAAAAGACUUGCCUAUUCGCAAGAUUUCUGGAAUCGGACGCGUCACUGAACGCAUAUUGAACGCGGUAGACGUUAAAACUUGUAACGACAUUUACGAAAAAUUGACCUAUCUGUACAAGUUGUGCUAUCCGUGCACAUUUGCUUUCCUUAUACGAGUAGCUUUAGGAAUUGGUAAUGAAAACAAUCAUGUGGAAUGGACACGCAAGAGUUUAAGUGUAUCGCGGACCUUCCCGUCAAUCCGAAGGCCAGCCGACCUUCGUUCGAAACUCCAAGAACUAGCAGGAAUGUUAGCCGAUGAUCUUGCUAAAAAGAACUUUGAGGGCAAAGUCAUUACCGUAACGUUUAAAUUAGUUACCUUUAAAUCGUUCACCCGCGCAAAGACAUUGCAGAAAUACGUGCACUCAAAAAAGGAUAUAUAUAACUUCGCGCUACCAAUAUUGGAAGCGGAAUUACCUUUACACGUGCGCUUGCUUGGCAUCCGACUGGGAAAUCUAAGAUCCCGUAAUGAAGCUUCUGCAAUAGGAGUAAAGAGGUUUCUUAUACCAACUGAUGAACCGUGUGAAAACAAAAAAAUUAAAUCAGAAGACAAUUAUCCAACGAGCAAUAAUGUAAAAGAAGAUAACGACGAUACCGAAUACAGUUCCAACUCGUUAGGAGAGAUGGCCAAUUACCUGGCCCUUCCUUUGCAUGAAAAUACCGAAUACAGUUCCAACUCGUUAGGAGAGAUGGCCAAUUAUCAGAACCUUUCUUUGCACAAAUUGAGCGAUCACUUUUCGGCUGAUGAGAUGAGUCGAGCAGAUACUGAGUACGGCCUCGGAGAGGAAAUAUCAAUAAGCGAGGACAAGAGAAGUCCGUUAUCACCGACUGAACGCUCGCUAACACUACAACAGCAACCGUCAAGUCGUGCGAAAUCAGAACAUUCAGACAAAAUUGCGCUCGACGUGGACAUCCAAUCAGAUUCUUUACCGACAGAUUCCAGACAUUCCGAACUUUUUUCCCAGUUAUUACCAACAACGGGUGCGCAUAAUGAUAUUCCUGAAUGGCAAUGUCCCGUCUGCAAUAGAUCUUUCACAAAAGUAACCGAAUUACGGGCCAACACGCACGUAGAUUCCUGUCUUAACGCAGUCCUGAACGCAGUCUUGGCGGUUGGAAGCUACUACGAUAAAUCUCAACAAUUUUUCCACACGCCCACCGGAGACGACCAUCUUGUUGGUAAUUUACCAUAUGCGGAAGGGGAGCAGCCAAUAGAAAAAAGCUAUGCUGGAUACAUUGACGUUAGAGAUUUUAGUGCAUGUGCAGAAGGAAAGAAGGCGAGUCUAUUUUAUUGGCUAUUUCCUGCUCAAGAACCAAAACAGGAAAACCCACCUUUGAUCGUCUGGCUACAAGGUGGUCCGGGAAUGACGUCUAUGCUUGCAUUGUUUGAGGAGGUCGGCCCCUUGACUAGAACGCCCGACUUUAAAAUCAAACGCAAUAAUAUAACAUGGAACAAGCAUUAUUCGAUGGUCUUCAUUGAUCAACCAGUUGGCACGGGAUACUCUUUCGUUGAUCCAUUAACUGAUGAAGAAUUGAAAAAUCCCAAAUGUAGUGAACAGCCAAAGAGGCCAAAGUGUCCCCGAAGACCAAGGCCUCCAAAGGACCGUCCAACCGGUGAUGAAAAGACAGGAUACUUUAAUGGCUAUGUGUCAAAUCAAAAGGGUGUUGCAAAGGAUCUUUUGGCAUUCUUUGAUGGCUUUUAUAAAAGAUAUCCCGAGUUGAAAAAAUCAGAUUUGUAUAUCACAGGCGAAAGUUACGCGGGAAAGUACGUUCCCUCAAUAUCGUAUGCUAUCCAUUUACAUAACAUUCGUGCAAGAAAAGAGUGCCGACUAGAUGAUGUGAUUCCUCUCGUAGGAUUAUCUGUGGCCAGUGGCCUUACAGAUCCAGCAAGUCAAGUAAAGGAGCAUGCGGAAAGCGCCUACCAAUAUGGUCUAAUAACCCGUGCGGAUGCAGCCAGGUUCCGCCGUUAUGCAAAAAUAGUUAACAUCAAACUCGCAAAAUGUGACUAUCUUGGCGCGUUCGAGACGCGUAUGCAACUCCUCGAUGACUUUGGCAACAUUACUGGGGGAAUUAAUUAUUAUGACGUCCGUCGUUUAAAUGUCAUGUUCGACUUAUCAGGAGUGAAAAAGUUGAUGAACACAACUGAGAUGAGGCAAGCACUAAAUAUUGGAGACAGAUAUUUCAUAGAUACGGGCGUUGUCGUGAUGACGUUAAUCGGUGAUAUUAUGAGAUCGACAAAAUAUCUGUUUCCUACUCUGAUAGAGAAUUAUAAAGUGUUGCUCUAUCAAGGAAAUAUGGACUUUAGAGACGGUGCCGCAGGGAAUAAUGAUUGGUUGUAUUCGCUCAAGUGGGACGGAUCACACGCCUUUAGGACAAAGGAGAGAAAGAUAUGGCGUGUAGACGGAUUGGUAGUCGGAUAUAUUUCCUCCCAUAAAAAUCUCACGCGAGUGGUCGUAUUGAACUCUGGUCAUUUUGCACCCAAGGAUCAGCAAAUUCCUGUAUUAGAAUUGAUUACCGAUUUUAUUGAACACCCAUAUCUAACUAAAGGGUAA